UCUGCGCCCCGCGACUGACCUGAUGUGGACCGAAGCGUUUCUAACAUGACCUUUCUCUCUGGGAUCUGGUGGUCUCUUCCCCUGGUCUUGGUCUGGGCGACCCCACCAGUCGCCUCCUCAUGGUGGUACAUGGGGGCCGUGGGCUCGUCGCGGGUGAUGUGCGACAACGUGCCGGGCCUGGUGAGCCGGCAGCGGCAGCUGUGCCGGCGGCACCCCGAGGCGAUGCUCUCCAUCGGCCGCGGCGUGGCCGCCUGGACGGCCGAGUGCCAGCACCAGUUCCGCCGGCACCGCUGGGACUGCAACGCCCUGGAGCGGGGGCAGCGCCUCCUCGGCCGCGUCCUGCUGCGCAGUAGUCGGGAAUCUGCUUUUGUACAUGCCAUCUCCUCCGCUGGGGUUGUUUUUGCCAUCACCAGGGCAUGUAGCCAAGGGGAGCUGAAAUCCUGCUCCUGCGAUCCCAAGAAGAAAGGCUCUGCCAAGGACAGCAAGGGCCAUUUUGACUGGGGUGGCUGCAGCGACAACAUCGACUACGGCAUCAAAUUUGCUAGAGCCUUUGUAGAUGCCAAAGAACGGAAAGGAAAAGACGCAAGAGCACUGAUGAACCUUCACAACAACAGAGCUGGAAGGAAGGCCGUGAAGCGGUUUUUGAAACAGGAGUGCAAAUGUCACGGUGUGAGUGGAUCAUGCACUCUAAGGACCUGUUGGCUGGCCAUGGCAGACUUUAGGAAAACAGGAGAUUAUCUGUGGAAGAAAUACAAUGGAGCGAUUCAGGUGGUCAUGAAUCAAGAUGGCACGGGUUUCACUGUGGCUAAUAAGAGAUUUAAGAAGCCAACUAAGAAUGACCUGGUAUACUUUGAAAGCUCUCCAGACUACUGUAUCAGGGACAGGGAUGUAGGGUCCCUCGGGACAGCUGGUCGGGUUUGUAAUCAAACCUCCCGCGGCAUGGAUAGCUGUGAAGUGAUGUGCUGCGGGAGAGGCUACGACACCUCCCGCGUCAGCAGAAUGACAAAAUGCGAGUGCAAAUUCCACUGGUGUUGUGCUGUGCGCUGCCAGGACUGCCUAGAAGUGGUAGAUAUUCACACCUGCAAAGCACCAAAGAGUGCUGGCUGGAUCUCCCAGACAUGA